CGUGGCUCCGCCCACCACACUUCCGCGAGGCCUGGUCGCGGCUAGUCCCACGGCGGGAGCGACUUAACAACAACAACAACGGCAACAACAUCAACAACAACAACGUCGCAUUCGUUCACACCGCAAGGGCGAUGGGGGACGAGGCUCUGUUCGAGUUCCUUCACAUGGAGGUCGUCUCCUACGUGUGUCACUCAGUGGCGCAAGACGACGCGGAGAAUGGGAAAGUCACGGCCAAGUUGGAGAACUUGGGAUACAGAGUGGGACAAGGUCUGGUGGAGAGGUUUACCCGCGACAGCCCCCGCUUCAAGGAUGAGCUCGACGUGAUGAAGUUCAUCUGCAAGGACUUCUGGACGAGCGUCUUCAAGAAGCAGAUCGACAACCUGCGGACGAACCACCAGGGCGUCUACGUGCUACAAGACAACCGGUUUCGUAUGCUGACUCAGAUUUCCUGCGGGAAACAGUAUCUGGAGCACGCCCCUAAGUUCCUGGCCUUCACGUGCGGCAUGGUGAGAGGAGGCCUCUCCAACCUGGGCAUCAACAGCGUCGUGACGGCAGAGGUGUCGGUCAUGCCCGCCUGUAAAUUUCAGGUGAUGAUACAGAGGUCCUGAGCGUCUGUGGAUGAACAUCUCCACCAGGGGAGGGAGACCCGGCGGUGCAGAGGUCAACAGGCUGAGCCGGCAACCUCCAGAGAACGCGAAUUCGAAUCUGGGGGAAGCUGUCUACGAUUAAAGCCGGGUUCUCAAGCGCAGGGAGGUUGAUGGUCUCUCAGUCCGAUCGCCAAUGACUCACGAAGAGACCCGUAGACUCACAUAGAGACCCGUAGACUCAGGCAGAGAUCCGACGACUCGCAUAGAGACACAUCGACUCACACAGAGACAUAGAAUCACACAGACACAUUGAAUCACUGAGUGUCCUAAAGACUCACGCAGAGACCCGUAGACUCACAUAGAGACCCGUAGACUCACAUAGAGACCUGUAGAUUCAUGCAGAGAUCCGACGACUCGCAUAGAGACACAUCGACUCACACAGAGACAUAGAAUCACACAGACACAUUGAAUCACUCAGUGUCCUAAAGACUCACGCAGAGACCCGUAGACUCACAUAGAGACCCGUAGACUCAUGCAGAGAUCCGUAGACUCACACAGAGACCCAUAGACUCGCACAGAGACCCAUAGACUCGCACAGAGACCCAUAGACUCGCACAGAGACCCAUAGACUCGCACAGAGACCCAUAGACUCACACAGAGACCCAUAGACUCACACAGAGACCCAUAGACUCGCACAGAGACCCAUAGACUCGCACAGAGACCCAUAGACUCGCACAGAGACCCAUAGACUCACACAGAGACCCAUAGACUCACACAGAGACCCAUCGACUCGCACAGAGACCCAUAGACUCACACAGAGACACAUAGACUCACACAGAGACCCAUAGACUCACACAGAGACCCAUAGACUCGCACAGAGACCCAUAGACUCGCACAGAGACCCAUAGACUCACACAGAGACACACAGACUCACACAAAGACACAUAGACUCACACAGAGACCCAUAGACUCACACAGAGACCCAUAGACUCGCACAGAGACCCAUAGACUCACACAGAGACCCAUAGACUCACACAGAGACCCAUAGACUCACACAGAGACCCAUAGACUCGCACAGAGACACAUAGACUCACACAGAGACCCAUAGACUCACACAGAGACCCAUAGACUCACACAGAGACACACAGACUCACACAAAGACACAUAGAUUAACACAGUGACCCAUCGACUCACGUAGACUGAGCUGUGAUGAAAAUGUCGCGUGUUGAUGGUCACCAAUGGCUGCACGCAAAAUAAAUUCUGUAAAAUAUUAAAAUUUGGUUCCUCAC